AUGUCAUUAGAAUCAUUCAGUCUAAGAGAUAAACAAAUCUCACAAUUAGAAAGAAUGCUACAUUUAAAUAAAGAUGGUUCACCAGAUUUAACAUUAGCAUCAAAAUCAGAAGAAAUUAUAUGGAAAGUAUUAAUAUUAGAUGAAAAAUCAAGACAAGUAUUAUCUUCUGUUUUAAGAGUUAAUGAUUUAUUAAGAUGUGGAAUAACUGUACAUUCAUUAAUAAAUUCCAAAAGAUCAAAUUUACCUGAUGUACCAGCUAUAUAUUUUAUUGAACCAACUAUUACAAAUAUUAAUAUAAUUUUACAAGAUAUUGAAUCUGAUAAAUAUGAAUAUUAUUAUAUAAAUUUUACAUCAAAUAUAUCAAGAGAUUUAUUGGAAGAAUUUGCUAAAAAAAUAGCAUUACUGGGGAAAUCAAAUAGAAUUAAACAAGUUUGGGAUCAAUAUUUGGAUUUUAUUGUUACUGAACCAAAUUUAUUUUCUUUAAAUAUGAAUGAAAUUUUCACAAUUUUUAAUACUUCAACAACUCAAGAAGAUACAAUACAUCAAUUAGUUGGCAAGAUUGCAGAUGGAUUAUUAUCUUUAAUUAUUACUUUAAAUGUUAUACCUAUUAUACGAGCUCAACAACAUGGACCUGCUGAAUAUGUAGCACAAGAAUUAGAUUUAAAAUUGAGGGAAUAUAUCACAAAUUCAAAGUCGUUGGGACAACUGGAUUCUUCAAAUUUAACUCAAAGACCUGUUAUAAUAUUAUUAGAUAGAAAUUUUGAUUUAGGUUCAAUGUUUGCACAUUCGUGGAUUUAUCAAUGUAUGGUUAGUGAUGUUUUCCAAUUGAAAAGAAAUACAAUCAAGUUAAUAAAACCAGGUAAAGAAGAAAAUUCAGAAUCAACAACAAAAAAUUAUGAUAUUGAUCCUCGUGAUUUUUUUUGGAAUAAAUAUUCUCAAUUACCAUUUCCAGAUGUUGUUGAAAAUGCAGAUGUUGAAUUAAAUUCUUAUAAGCAAGAUGCAAAAGAAAUCACAAAUAAAACAGGUAUAAGUUCAUUAGAUGAUAUCGACCCUAAUGCAAAUGCAACUGCAAAUAUUCAACAAGCAGUUGAAAAAUUACCAGAAUUAACUCAAAGAAAAACUACUUUAGAUAUGCAUAUGGAUAUUUUAUCUAGUUUAAUUAAUGAAUUACAAGCUAAAAAUUUAGAUACAUUUUUUGAAAUUGAACAAAAUUCAAAUGAUCCAAAAUCAAUAAAAGAAUUUUUAACAAUAGUUGAAGAGAAUUCCAAAAUUGAUAAUUCAUUAGAUAAAUUGAGAACUUUUAUAAUUUUAAUUUUGGUAAAUGAUUUAAGUACUGAAUAUAUUAAAAAUUUAAAAAAUCAACUAGUUACUAAAUAUCCAGAUUUGAAUUUAUCAGCAUUAGAAUAUAUUUUAAAAUUUAAAGAAAACUCAAAAUUAUCAAAUUUAUCAAACUUGGGAAAUGAUAACGACUCAAAUCAUCAAAACUUAAAUCAUAAUCAACAACAACAAGCAUCAGCUUUAUUAAGUGGAUUAUCAUCAAAAUUAUAUGGUUUAACUGAGGGAAGAAUAUCUGAAGGUAUAAGUUCAAUAGCAUCUAAAAUUAAAAAUUUUAUCCCUGCAAAAAAAUUAUUACCAAUAACUAAUAUAGUUGAAUCAAUAAUGGAUCCUACAAAUUCAAGUAAUCAAUCAUCAAUACAAUUAACUGAUGAUUAUUUAUUUUUUGAUCCAAAAUCAAGAGGUGGUGGUCACUCAAAACCUCCAAAAAGACAAAGUUAUUCUAAUUCUAUUGUUUUCGUGAUUGGUGGUGGAAAUUAUUUAGAAUAUCAAAAUUUACAAGAAUGGAGUAAUAGUUAUUCUGGUGGUGGUGGUCAAUUAAAUAAUAGUAAUGAUUUGAACAAAUCUAGUGAUGGAUCAAGUUAUAAAAAUAUUAUUUAUGGAUCUACUAAUAUUUUAUCACCUACUGAAUUUUUGAAAGAGUGUGAAAAUUUAAACAAUUAA